CCUUAGUAUACAACUGUACAUGGAGCUUAGUAUAGAUCCUUUUAUUCACUAGUAUACAACUGUAAACUUGGAGCUCAGUAUAGAUCCUUUUAUACCUUAGUAUACAACUGUACAUGGAGCUCAGUAUAUAUCCUUUUAUUCACUAGUAUACAACUGUACGUGGAGCUCAGUAUAUAUCCUUUUAUACCUUAGUUGCAACUAGAAGUCCAGAUGUAAUUAAUUACUUACUCGAGUGACUAAUUUCUUUCUAAUUUCCUAAUUUUUGAUCCAAUCUAAACCCCUCUUCUUUAAAUACUACAUUAAAAGGAAUGUCAAUGUAAUAAAGCCCAAUUUACGGUGGCAUUGUUUGAACCUUUAUAUAAUUAACGAUGAGGAAUAUAUUGUCGUUUUUAUAUCUCAAGCAGAGAUAAAUUCUGUAAAUUUACUCUUUUCAAUUACAAAACUCCGCAAAUUCUUUUAAAGAGAUCCAACAAUUGUCAAUUUUAUAGUUAGGAGAAUAAGGAUAUCUUCGUAAUUUUUGUUUUUACAAAGGUUUUUAAGAUACUGUUGUGAAUCUGACAUUUUUCUAUAGAUGGGAUAUCACCCUCAACUGAGUUUUCGUGUUUACCUCUCUAUUAUAUUGGAUUAUCAUGACUGAGUUUCUAGAACAUCUGACUCUACUAGGCCCCAAGCUCGGAAAUGCAAACAAUACUCGACUUCAGAAAUGCGUCGAAAUUGCUAAGAAAGGGGAUCUUGGACCUCUUGCAACCUUUGUGACUGAGCUAGAGCGUGGAGCAGGUUUGUUGACCAGCAGCGAGGAACAAUCUGUCUCAGAGUUUGAUAUUCUUGUUCUAACAGAGGUAGACUUCUUCAAAACAAUGGCGGAAGGGAAAAACAGUGACCUGGUGCACUGUGUUAGAAUAGUGGAAAACCUCUUUCUAGCACAACGAGAUUUCCUUGAAAAAGCUGGCAAAUCUCGUAAACCUUCUGAUGAUGUGCUUAAUCAGAUGUUAGAGCCCACUGCUAACUUUAUCAGUGAAAUCCAGGCUUAUAGAGAGAAAAAGAGAUGCAGUCCAGUCUUUAACCAUCUAUCUAUGAUAUCAGAGUCAGUACCCGCUCUAGGCUGGGUAGGCGUUACCCCAGCUCCCGCACCAUACGUCAGAGAGUUGAAGGAUGCGGGACAAUUUUACGCAAACAGAGUUCUCAGGGAGAGUAAAGCAGACAAGGAUCUUGUGGAUUCCUGGAUAGAAAUUCUCACCAGGUUGGCAGAUUUCGUAAAGAAAAAUCACACCACUGGACUUCAGUGGAAUAGAAACGGAGCAGAAUAUAUUCCCAAGAUGGAUGAUUCCAGGCAACCAAAUAAAAGCUUUCUGCAUGAGCAGCCAAAAGAGCAGCUCCCGAAGAAGAAAGCUGUUGUCUAUGGAGCUGGUUCGGCGAAAGGGGGAGUGGAGAAGUUAGAGCUGGACGGUAAGAAAUGGAUGGUGGAAUAUUUUAAAGGAAAUUCAAAUAUAAAGGUUACAGCUCAGGCAAAUCAGUCUAUUUACAUUUUUAAAUGUGAGAAUGCUGUAAUCAAGGUUGAUGGGAAAUGCAAUAAUAUAAUCUUGAACAGCUGCAAGAAGGUUGGAGUUGUCUUCGAUAGUUUAAUUUCAAGCGCAGAGGUCGUCAACUCAGCAAGCAUUGAACUACAGGUGCUUGGUACAGUUCCAAUUGUUACCCUGGAUAAAACAGAUUCAGUUCAAAUCUAUCUGAGUGAACAAUCUAAGAAUUGCGAGAUAGUAACUGCUAAAACUGCUGGAGUGAAUAUUACAGUUCCUCAACCCUCAGGCGACUCAAAGGAAUUCCCAGUUCCAGAACAGUUCAAAACUAUCGUGAAUGGCGGGAAACUGAAAACAACUCCAAUGGAAUCCUUCUAGCAUUUAGAGAAGCGGGGGAGUAAAGACGAAAUCAGUGAGUUUGCUGAAAGUGAUCAACAUAUCAGAGAUUUGAACAGGAAUUUAGAAUAUACUCAACAUGGAUCUAAUCAAAUAGACUUAAACGGACUAGAAGAAAAUGACGAAUUCUAUAAAUUGGCCGAUUUUUCCACUUGUUCUCAUCAGAUUUCAACAAAAAUAUGUUUAAUACUUUAAAUAUUCACCUAAGACUAUGAUAUAUAACAAAUGGAUUUAUUUUUAAUAUAAGUUACUUAUAUUCCUGCUUGAUGUCGCCUAUGUCAAUUGCUGUAAAAAAAUAUGUGUUUUAUGUUAUAAUUAUAUCUAUCCAAAUAUGCAAACAGUAAAUGCUUAAACUUCAGUAUCUUAUUUUUAAAAUAAACACUUAUGCAAUCCC